UCACUAGACUAGCGAUUAAGCGUAUUUUGUAAGACAUUUUGGCACCGUUGGCGGUCCAUAGAAAAUAUCGUUCAACCAUUCAACUACAAUUCAAUGCGUUCAACACAGCAAUCGUAGCAGAGGAAGAGGUGGUCAUGUAAAAUAUUUGGCCGUAGCAAAACGUUUUUUAAUUGAACGUGCCCCAGCUCUUGUUUCCGGGAGAUUAGCUAACUAACACGAUUGAAUCACAAUAUUUCAACAGAGAAACUUAAUCGAUAUAUAAUCUCUGUUUUCCUUUUGGGAGUGCCCCUAUUUCACUUUUCAGAUGGGACACUGACCACACCAGCUAAUUGACAGACUAAGUUAGACCGCUCCCUGCAACAUCGCAAGACAGGCAACGCUGCAUUUUGCUGAUACUGGUGUAGGCAAGUAGCAGCGACUCGUGAUCUGGCCCCAGAAGCGGGCGCGGAGGAGUGAGGGAGAGACUACGGGGAUCACGAAUUCCCGAACGGCUCUAACGGGAUUUGGAGUGCAUUACAGUAGCUGUUUGCCAUGGGGAAUAGCGCCCUGAAAGCUCAUCUGGAGACCUCGCAGAAAACCGGAGUUUUUCAGCUGACCGGCAAAGGCCUCCCAGAGUUCCCAGAGGAACUCCAGAGGCUGACUGGAAAUCUCCGGACAGUCGACCUAUCCAACAAUAAGAUUGAAGUGCUGCCUGCAUUCAUUGGCAGCUUUCUCCAGCUGAAGAGUUUCACCUUCAACUCUAAUAAAAUCACAAGUCUCCCAAAUGAAAUUGGUAAAUUGAAGAAGCUUGAAACACUCCAUCUGAAUAUGAACCAGUUGCAGCGGCUGCCGGCAGCGAUUGGACAGCUGAGCGCGCUGCGCACCCUGGGUCUCUCCGGUAACCACAUAAGGGAGUUUCCUGCAGGACUGGGCUCGCUGCGUCACCUGGAUGUUCUGGACCUGUCCAAAAACCGCAUCCAGGCUGUGCCUGCAGAGGUAGCUGCACUGCAGGCCAUCGAGAUCAACCUCAACCAGAACCAGAUCUCGGCAGUGUGUCCGGAGGUGUCGCGCUGCCCCAGGCUGAAGGUGCUGAGGCUGCAGGAGAACUGCCUGGAGCUUUCCUCCAUCCCCGUGUCCAUCCUCACCGACUCUCAGGUGUCCCUGCUCUCUCUGGAAGGGAACCUGUUUGAGGUGAAGGACGUGCGUGACAUGGAGGGAUACGACCAGUAUAUGGAGCGCUUCACUGCCACCAAGAAGAAGUUUGCCUGAGAUGCAGGCUGGCCACCAGACUUCACUCCUGACAGGAGAGUGGCAAGACUCAGGUUUCAGCAUUGGCAGCUGCCCUCAGCAAGGGAGGAAGAUUUGGCCUCAGAGACCGAGGAGGAAACUUCAAAGCAUGCCGACACUACACAAACUGAGUUGCCUUCCUUCCCUAAGCAAUGCAGCCAGCUCAGCUACAGUUUCUUUCAGGUUAUGGUACAGCAUUGACCAUGAAAACGCUUCUGCUGCUCCUGGAAAUUGCAUCACCACCAAUAAGGGCAAAUAUCAAUUAACAAGAACAUUUGGCUUGGUUAUGCUUGAAAAAUAUUAUGGUUAAUCAAUAUUUCUAAUUGAUAGAAAACUGGAGAGUGCAUCGGGGUCCAUUAGGAAGCCUAUAAGUAAGGACUCAAAGUGGGCACUUUUGUAAAUCCAUGUGUUAUUAGUACUAAAGAUUAGGUCCCGUGUUGCUGCACUAUAUUGUACAUCACUGGAUAUGAUGGUGGCAUUGGAAAGCCUGUGAGGACAUGAGUCUACAGGGUCCCUUUGGUGAAGUGUGAAAAAGGCUUGAAACUGUAUUGACAAAAUCUGAAGUAGAUAUUGUGCUUUUUUGGGGGCAAGGCGCUUAAACUGUGAAAGCGGUCAAUAAUAUUUACUUUUAUGUUGUGAUGGUUAAAAGACCAACAGGGCUGUGUGAAAGUAAGGGAGAAUGGAUGAAGAAUAACCAUAUUCAAUAUUUAUUUCUGGAAAAUAUAAAGGAUUCCCUUACAAACUAGUGUUUUUUACUAAAUUGUAAAUUAUAGUUUGAAAACCAUUUUCUUCAGUUUAGAUUUUAACGAGUUUGUCCUGAUGUUCUGCUAUUGAAAUAUCGUUUUAUACAUAAACAAACCUUUUGGGUGUUUGAGGAAAUAUUGGUGUGGUGCAAUUUCUAUGAACACAAGUGUACGUACAAUUAUUUUGUCAGAAGUGGCUUAUCUCUUUGGUCCACAGCUUUCACGAUCAGAUAUCACUAAUAUCACAGAUAUGAAUUAAUUCACUGUAUAAGGACCGUUUCAUGUUUUAAUUGAUCAUAUUGAUGCACUGUGACACACUGGAACUCAUCCCAGUUCACUGAUCCGUUCAUGUCGUAUUGCAAAUAUAUGGGCAAAGUCACUCUUUACAUAGAUAUUGUGGAAAGAGAUCAACACUAAAUUCCGUUAUUUCAGUGUAUAAUUGGCUAACAACAUUUGUUUGUUUUGAGAAAUGAUGGUGUCGGAAGGGAAGGAAGUGAUGUCAUCUAGUUGGGUUUUCCUGUUAGACGUUUCCUCGCUGUUGAUUUAGAAAUGGUAUGCUUCCAGGUUUCCCCAUGGCAUUUAAGACCAAUGCCAGAGUGGCCUGCAGGAUAUAGUACACAAAGUAAUGCUUAGUAUGUCAUGCCAUUUAUAAGCUUACAGUAUGUAUUGCCAGAUAUAAUUUAACACUUUAUUUGAAGGCUCUUACAUAAAAGCUAUAUAACUCCAUAUGCACUACAUAAGCAUUCAAAAGCACUUGUAUCAAUAACCGACAAGGAUCUUGUGUCAGUUCACUUGCUAUGUCAUGGUUAUGUCACUUGUUGCAUCAAUGUUGACACAACACACUGUAUGCGUAUUUGCGGUUAUUGACAUAUGAAUGCUUAGGAGUGUGCUAUGUGUUGCUUCCUGUGGUGUUGUGUUGUAUAUCUCCUAUGUAGGAGCCUUCAAAUAGUGUUACCAUGUAAUGUUAUUUGUUGAUAUUGGUAGAGUUCUGUCAUAACAGAAGUCUCAUCAAUUUAUUUAUUCAGUAUUGUCUUUUUUCUUUCUUUUUUGCUCAUGUCCUUAAAUUAAAUUUAGAUCUGCAAUAUGUUUGUCACCUUAUUAGGUACACUUGUACACCAGCUUGUUAAUGUAAUUGAUCUAAUCCGCAAAUCAUUUGACUGCAAUUCAAUGCAUAACAGCAUGCAGACAUGGUUAAGAGGCUCAGCUCUUUUUCAGACCAAAUGUGAGAAUGGGGAAGAAAUGGUGAUCAAAGUGACUUUGACUGUGGAAUGAUUUUGGUGCCAGACUGGGUGGUUUACCACUGUUUGUAGAGUUUACAGAGAAUGACACGAAAAACAAAAAAAAUCAAGUGAGGUAGUUCUGUGGGUGAAAAUGCUUUGUUAAUGAGCAAGGUCAGAGAAUGGCCAGACUGGUUCAAGCUAGGGACGUGGCAAAUGGUCAGUUUUUGUAAACCGUAAACUAUCCCAUUUUGAAAACCGUUAACCAGAGUGUUCCCCAAGCGCCAGCUGCCGGCUAAAUGGCACUACUCUAUAAAACAUAAUUAAAUAUUUAAACAUAUAUAAUGCUGUCUGUAAUGAUAAAAUCAGUAGCCCAGUAAUAUUGUCCUCUGCAAACUGCUUAGUCACACACGCUAGCUUCAUGUAGCCUAUCAAUGUAAUGUUAAUUUAUGGACUACUUGUUUGUUAUGGGAGUGAUGAAAGCACCUACUGCAGCUCUGCGCUGACAGCUCGUAAGUUUGUUGUAUUUCACAUAUUAGCUAGCUGGUUAACACAUUAAGGGCUAUCAGUGUUUACCCGGUUGGCAAACUACCCUCAACAGUAAUAUAGUUGUAACAUUAGAAGAAUAAAGUAAACCAUAUUAUAGGCUACACAAUCCCUAAGGUUCGCUAGGCCUAAUAUAUCCUAUGUAGUGUUCCAUUUCAUUGUGUAAUGGCUAGCUAACUUUACAAUUGGCUGCUCUGACACAUUCUUGAACGGUUUGCUGAAAAAAUAAUACCUAGUUAUGUAGUAGAAAAUGUCCUUGUUAUGCUCCGGAUGUUAUUCUUUUGGAAUUUUGUGGUCAGUUGUGAAAUAGGUCGGAUGUCACCCUGCUAGCGCCAGCACAGGGUACAUGUAUCGACCACCACACCAGUUGUGGUCUUUCUGAAAGUGGAGCCGCUCUAAGCCAUAAAAGGAGGAGUGCAUGAAACUCUGAUAUUUUAGCUACAUCAUCCGAACCCCCCUGGCCUGCUGCUUCUUCUCUUUGGCCUACUACUUACAUUUUUGGGGAACACUGCGUUAACCGCAUAACCGAUACUGCUUAUGGUUAAGUAAGUUAGACUUAAUACAAAAAUUGAACCGUGGUUACACAAUUAAAGCCUUUAUUUUUCAACUUGCCUACUUAGUAAUUUUGCAUGCAACAUUUGUCCAAUGAUGCAUUGCUUUAUUUAUUUGUUUAUUUAUUUAUUUAUAGGCAUAGUGGAAAGCUACGUUCAGUUUGCCGGUAGUAUGAAUCCUCUGUGACAUUAAGUAACUCCAUACAAUACACUGUAACUGAACCAAUAGCUACGGAUUUAAGACACAGAAAUUAUUUGAUAACUAUAAUAUUGCAGCAUUCAAUUCCCUGUGGUGUUUGCAUUCUUAACCCCCAAUGACUGCUUGCUUGGACAAGCCUUAUGGAAGUUAUUCCGCCGGCAGAAUAUUUAUUUCAAUUCUCUGACCAGUUUUUGCGUUUUGUCACUGGUAGUGAAGGUGCAUUUUUAACUCAGUUUUGGUUAACAGUUUAACAGUUCACAUCCCAAUUGCAUUAAACCUUGAAGUGGAUGGGCCACAGUGGCAGAAGACCACACUGGGUUUCACUUCUGUCAGCUAAGAACAGGAAACUAAGGCUACAGUGAGCACAGGCUCACUAAAACUGGACAGUUGAAGAUUGUAAAAACGUCACCUGGUCUGACACAUCUCAAUUUCUGCUGCGACAUGCAGAUGGUAGGGUUAGAAUUUGACAUAAACAACAUGGAUCCAUCCUGCCUUGUGUCAAUGGUUCAGGCUGGUGGUGGUGGGGUAAUGGUGUGGGGAAUGUUAUUUUGGAUGAGGACCCUUACGAAUUGAGCAUCAUUUAAACACCACAGACCAUUUUUGCUGACCAUGUGCAUCCCUUUAUGGCCAGUCUGCCAGUCUCCUGAUGGCUACUCCCAGCAGAAUAACAUGCCAUCUCACAAAGCACGCAGCAUGCUGGUUCCGUGAACAUAACCUUGAGUCCAGUGUACUUCAAUAAGUAAGUCCAAUAGAGCCCCUUUGCGAUGUGGAGGAACGAGAGAUGAAUGGGCAGCCGGCAAAUCUGCUGCAACUGCAUGAUGCUAUCAUGUCAACAUGGACCAGAAUCUCUGUACCUGCAAGUCCAGGCCAUGAAGAAUUUGGGCUGUUCUGGGUGCAAAGGGAGGUCCUACCCAGGACUAGGAAGGUUACCUAAUAGUGGUCACUGUAUACAAUUGACUGGUUGCAAAUACUCAUCAGAAUGUACUUUAAUGGAUUAUUCAUUGUUAUUGUUCAUUUUCAUAUUUGACUUUUUGGCGUGACAUUACAAUUGCCUAAUAUUACACAAUACUAAAUGCACUAAUAAUAUUUACACUUGCUUUGUAUUUACUUUUUAUUUUUUAUUAUUUUUGUGUGUGAGUACAAGCUUAGUAAUAUAAUAAUUAAAAAUGAAAUGUUGAUGCACGUAUGUUUUUGUCCCUUUAGAGUUGCUUUAUCCCCCCCCCCCUGUUUUUGUGGGCAACAAAAGUGAAAACUGCUGGGAAAAAUGAAUGUAUUCAAUAUUUCAAUUUACUUUAUUAAAAAACGCAAUGGUUAAA